AUGCGAUGGGAGCUGUGCCGAGCAGGUUACUCGAUUGAUGUGCUGGACGAUGUCUUCAUGUUCCAUCGAGGAAUCAAACAGUUGAAAAAUGUAAAAUCGUUGAUGGUUCAGAAGAGAAACACGGCCAAAUUUGAUGAAGCUCUGAAAGCGUUCAAGAAGCGAAUGGACAAGGAGUACCCGGGAACGAGCAGCCGUUGCCCUACACCAGAACGGUGA